AUGAAAAAAGGAAAACUCCUCGCGCUAUCCCAGAGAAGCGAACCCGCCAAGCAGAGGCGGAACUGCCUAUUCGUCCUUUCCGUGAGGCGAAGGUACGAGCACAUGAGGACGGUUCUGAAGGAAAGCCAAACAGAGCAAGACUAUGCCUACGCAGAGGAAGCACAUCACUAUGAAGACGAAAAAAUAAGUGAAUCGAUUAAACAAAGAGAUAGCCAAAUGCGCAACAAAGAAAGAGAAAAUAUUUUAAAAUACUACGAUGAGAAUAAAAAUGUGAUAAAGGCAACUAACUACAUUUUGAGGGAACACUUAAGUCGUUUCAUUUACAUAAAUCAGAGGAGCUGUUUUUAUAACUACUUUUACAACGCCUUCCCAUCUGUCCUGAAUAAUUAUUUGAGACGGGUUAAAAGGGGAAGAGAGAAAACCGGAUUGGGAGACAUCUCCAGGGAGAACAGUAACUAUGUCGGUGGGGCUGGAGCCGACAGUCACGCCGCUAAUGACGAAACGAAGCAAUCCCUAAGCGUUCUGCACUACUACAACGCACACACGAAGCACGAAAUGGAGGAAGACUUUUUUAUCGACUUAAUUAGCCAAAAGGUAAAUUGCCUUAACAAUGCAGGAGAAUUAUUAAGGAGCAUCAAUGACAACAUACAUUGGCGCAGCAUAAAGAUGAAGAAUGCAGAUCUGCACAAGCUGGAAAGGAUUUUCCAAAAUAUAAUGGAACGCACAAAUGACACAAACGAUAUAAAUAAAAAGGUAGAAAUUUUGCUUUACCUAUCCAAUGUGUGUAAUCAGAGUACUUUUCCAAAGAUCCACGCGGGAGUUAAAAAACGAAUACAAGCAAUUUAUGAACAUAUAAAAAAAAAAAAAAAGGAGUAGAUGAAUGUUGAAACAUCCCUAUCGGAAGAAAUUUCUUUUUAUAAUUAUUUAAAAAAUGAAAAUAUAAAUAUGUGUCUGUUGAGUUUAAUAUAUCGAGAUUUGUCUUUUCUUAAAAAUGACCAAGUCAAGUACGUCCUCAUGAAUUUAGCCUUUUCCAAAAUGAAAGAUUCUUUUUUUUUCUCCAAAGUAGGGGAAAUCCAAAGCAGUAGCAACAAUGGUGGAAGUAAAAACGGAAGUGUCCUCGACCCAACCAGGGGAAAUGCACAUACCAACUUAAUUUUAACAUUCUUCACGAACACCCUUUUGCGAAACAACUUCCUCCAGUUCCUGCAAAAUGAUUAUAUAAGCUCUCCACACAGCACUGUGAACUACACAACUAGGGUAAACCAAACCAACGUGAAAAAUUACAUUUUUUAUAAUUUGCUCAUCUCAAUUGUUCAGCUGAAGGAGUCACAAGCAAAAUGGAAUGAUGCCAUAAUGACAAAGAAAAUGCAGCUUUUUUUAUGGGUUGAGAAAAAUAACACUCCAGUAAAUGAAUUAUUAGUGAUGAAAAAUUAUGCUAGUCAUAUGAACGAUUUUAUCCUAAAUAAUGUCCUUUUUUUUACCUCCCAUUUUGUCAAAAAUAAAAUAAAUUUCACACCUAAUAUGUACCUCUACAUCCUCAAUGUGUAUUGCGAUCUCUUCGAUAUGAUGAGAGGCUUAGAGCUUUACACGGAAUUCGUUGCUCUGUGCGCCAUGAUUGAUAAGCUACCUGCAGGUAUCACCUUCGAGCUGAAGAACGACACUGACCAUUUGCGCCUUAAAGUGAAAAAUGCCUUCUACAAAAAUGGGGGAAAGGGCGAAGCAGCAGCUGUGGAAGAGGAAGGAGACGCGCACUUGCGGCGUAUUUUGUACGUCCCUUAUAGACAUGCGAGUAGGAAGACCAUCGAACGGGUCGCAGGAGAAGAAAUCGCUGCAGCGGGUGGGGGACCCAUUUUGGAGCAGCACACCGGGGCAACUCUGGGCAAGCACCAAAUGGACGACCCGGGUCAGGCGAAGGACAGCCGAACCGACAGAGGGGAUUCACCAAGUUAUGUGGACUCGUCCGUUGCCUCUACCAACGCUGCUAUGAACGCUGCCAACAACGCUGCUAACAACGCCUCCAUCAACGCUGCUAUCAACACCGCCACCACCGCUGCUAUCAACACCGCCACCACCGCUGCCAACGCCGCUAACAACGCCACCCCGCUAGGCAACCCAACGGAGGAACCGCUCACCAGCAGACACGUGGCCGCCAAAGCGAAGAAAAAAUCGACCAUAAUAAAUAAACACGACUUCACCAUUUUGAUAGCCCUCUCCCUUUUCAACGAAAUUAAUGACGAGUUUAUUGUCCACAUCAGACAGAAAGAGGGGAUCCCAUCGACCAGUGGAAUCAUGGUCAACUCGGAUGACGCGAUAUUCGAGCAUAUUUACAAAAAUCACUAUGAACCCUUUCUGCGCAACUCCGACUUAUACAUAAACCUUGUGGAGAAAAAUUACGACCCGACCACAGUAGAACAGCUACUAAACUAUUUUAUCCUAUUCACACACUUAAGCCAAUUGGAUGUAUCCGACCUGUGUGUCCUCAUGAACAUCAUGAGGGAGAUUAACAAAUUGCAUCCCUUCAUCGAUUUCUUCAUUGCCAAGCGAGUUGAAGAAAUGUUGAGGGAGAGAGGCAUUGGAGGGGGUGAACACAGUCGUAGCGGUCUGCAGUCAGAGAACAAAGGGAAGACUUACCAAUUUACGGACACCUACUUGGAUGACUACAUAUCCAGAAUUAGCGACAGGGGAAAAACACAUCAUGAAGGUGUAGUGUCAUCUGCCCAAAGCGAUAGUGAAAGCAUCACCCAAUGGGAGGAACUCCCAAACAUAUUCUCCACCUCACAAAGGAAGAACCAUUUUGAUGACAUGAACCUUCACACACAUUCGCUAUAUGCUGCCGGCUUUGAAAAAUAUUACCACAACUAUGACAUCUGCAGCAGUGUAGUUAAUCUCUUCCUGUUGCUAAACCCCACCAGCUACACAAGUCGCUCCAUUGCGAGGUUCCUCCCACAUGUCACUCUUAACCAGGUGAACAUUUUUAAAAUUAACGUGGACCACUUUUUUGUAAAAGGAGGAAAUGAAAAGGGGAAAGAAACCAUAAGCUUUUCCAUACCUCCCCUAAUAAGGGAAAAGGAGGAGGGGCUAGGGGGACUCUUCAACAUUUUCGCAACCCAAACGAGGAGCAGAAACUGGAUGGAAAAUUCUGAGCAAGAAAAAUCCAUAGUCAAAAAUCUGACCUUCCCUAGUGACAGUGAUAAUACCAUUUGCAGUAGUACCAACCCCUUCGUUGAAAGCGUAAUGAAUAAUACCCUCCACUGGGAAGGCAGCAGUCUCAUAAAUGACGGACGGCACCCCUUGGAACACAAUAUCAUUUACAAGAUAAUCGAGACCAGACUUAAGUACAACAUUGAAGUGAAAAAUUACCUUUCCAAAAGGGAGGACGAAAAUAAUGAAGAAAUAAAAAAUUUUCUAGAAAAGGAACUCCUGUCAUUAAAUCAAAUUGCAAAUAUCCUUCAUUCUAUUAGCUCCAUAAAUGACGAUGAAAAAUACAUGAACCUUGUGACUCUCGCAUUAAAAGAUAUACUCCUGAGCAAACACGAAAUUGUAGACAUCAAAACAUACCGUGUCAUAACGAAAAUUCUCCUCAACAUAAGAAAUGUGUACCAAAAUAUUUUUUCCCUUCUGAAUAUUCCUACUUAAAUGCAGAAUUUCUUCAACUUCUUUCAUUUGUUGGACUAUUUCCAAGCUCUUCAAAUAUUUACAAAAUAUAAUUUGGCGGGAAAAUAUUUAAAGCAUUUGAUAUACCUGAACGAUGAACUGAAUAAAGUCAACGUAAAAAAUGUCAAUGUCCAACUCGUUCACCUUGUUCUGUACUUUUACAGCAAGUUGAAUUACGUCAAUGAAAAAUUUAUUUGCAAUAUUCUGCAGAUGUACUCCUACUCCAUCCUGCAGCAGAUAAACAGCGUGAACAUCCAUGUGGUUGAAAAUUUGAUUAGGACGAACGACUUGCUGCUUUCCCUGUGCGUUAGAAAUAAGGACAUUAUACAGUUAAACUAUCUCAUUUUACAACGCUAUGGCAAUUUUUCUCGCCAUUUUAAAAUUGAAGACAACGAUGAUGUGGAUGAACAUGGGAUAAAAAUUAUUUACUUCUUAUGCAAAUUUCACCACUACAACGACCUGGUAAAGUCCUACUACAUGCAGCUAAUAAAUGAAUGUCUACAAAAUACAAGCGUUCUACUGAAUGACGAAGAUUACUGCAAACUGUACGAAAUAUAUGUGCACGUAAUUCUGAAUUUUUAUUUUCUCUCCUUCAAUAAGAGUAACAAAUACAUCAAUUUUGUAUUAACUAAUUUGCCUUGCUAUUAUUGGUACAAGAAAGAAGAAGAAAAACUAAACUUUUUUAUCUCCUCCAAAGAAUUCAGUGACAUCCACCAUAUUUUAAAAUUACUGAAUAUUGAUUUCCUUACCCCGACAUUGACAGAAAUUUACUUCAUUCACUUUUUUAACGAUGUGAAGAAAACCAACCACACGCUCGUCAUCCCAGAAAAUGUCCUCCAUUUGUACAAGAAAUAUAAUCUCCUUAUCGAUGAUAUCCGCAAUAAGAGCGUCUCAGUUUUGUGCGUCCCGGAGGAGCACGUCCUGCGCGACGAACAUGGUAACAACAAAAACCUCAUAAAGGACAGCCACUACGUUUACGAAAAUAUAAAAAAAACGUACCCGACUUCUUUGAUAUUUUUGAGCGAGUGGAAGACCCUAAAUGUGGAAGAAAAAUGCGACUACGUCUUGCGCGCUAUCCAUUCUUCGCUAAACGCCUGA